GGGGGGGGGUUGUGCAGGUUCCCCCCACCACACCUCUUGGGAAAGAACCCGUGUGUGUGUGUGUGAGCCGGUUCUGGUUCCACUUAGACCAGCUUGUGAAACCCUGACGGUCCACAAAGUAGGCCUUGAUCCUGUGGGACCUGCUGUCAGGUUUUCAGGUCACUAGUUGAUCCACUUUGAGGGAAGUUUGACCUGCCCCAGCCCAGCCACCCCUACACACACACCCCCUACUCCCCCCCACAACGCCUUUAAUCUGAUUUCUCACCUGGUCGGCGCCCCCCCACCCAAAACCAACCAUACGAUUCCCCCCGAGCUCCCCUAAUUCCCCCGCCCCCCCAGUGCCCCCCCGCCGCCGCCGUUCGCCCGCCACCGUCCGCCCCCCCUUUUCCGAGCUGGCGUGGCGACGCAAACUCACAAAUAUUUACUUCCUGUACGUGAAGCGGAAAGGGGGCCCCCCUUUCGUGGAAUGCGGCAACAUGGGCGUGUUUGACCGCGGAGUUCAGAUGCUGCUGACCACGGUGGGGGCCUUCGCCGCCUUCAGCCUGAUGACCAUCGCCGUGGGGACGGACUACUGGCUGUACUCGCGCGGCGUCUGCAAGAUCAAGAGCAGCAACGAGAACGAGACCAGCAAGAAGAACGAGGAGGUGAUGACGCACUCGGGACUCUGGAGGACCUGCUGCCUGGAAGGUUCCUUUAAGGGCAUGUGUAAACAAAUCGAUCACUUCCCGGACGACGCCGACUACGAGGCCGACGCUUCCGAGUACUUCCUACGUGCGGUGCGGGCCUCCAGUAUCUUCCCUAUUCUCAGUGUGAUCCUGCUCUUCAUGGCGGGGCUCUGCAUCGCUGCCAGCGAGUUCUACAAGUCACGCCACAACAUCAUCCUCAGCGCCGGCAUCCUCUUCGUCUCCGCAGGCUUGAGCAACAUCAUCGGCAUCAUCGUCUACAUAUCCGCCAACGCCGGGGACCCUUCCAAGAGCGACUCCAAGAAGAACAGCUACUCCUACGGCUGGUCCUUCUACUUCGGCGCUCUCUCCUUCAUCAUGGCCGAAAUGGUGGGCGUGCUGGCCGUGCACAUGUUCAUCGACCGCCACCGGGAGCUGCGCGCGGGGGUCCGGGCCGCCGACUACCUCCAAGGCUCCGCCAUCACGCGCAUCCCCAGCUACCGCUACCGCUACCGCCGCCGCUCGCGCUCCUCCUCCCGCUCCACCGACCCCUCGCACUCCCGCGAGGCCUCGCCGGUGGGCCUGAAGGCCUUCGGGACGCUGCCCUCCACGGAGCUCUCCAUGUACACGCUUCCUAAAGGCCAAACGGGCACGCCCACCGCCACCUAUAACUCCACAGAGAGGGACCACAACUUCCUGCAGGUCCACAACUGCAUCCAGAAGGACCUGAAGGACUCGGGCGGCCACGGCAACGCCGCCAACCGCCGCACCACGCCCGUAUGAAACUGACCAAAACCUGAGACACUUGAAAAAUUGGUCGUCCGAGUGGGGGACUUUGAGGGGGGGGGGCGGUUCGUGUCUUUUGAGGGCUAGAAGGAGGAAAAAUGCAUGAUUUUGCCAUCUAGCGUUAUUUAACAAUUUGGAAGGAGACGAGGGGUCCUGUGGUGGUCUGUGGAGCGCCCCCCAACCAUCCAAUCAAACGGUCAACUUUAUAUUUUUUACUCUUCCCCCCCCGCCUAAAACCCCGCCCUGACCUGACCUGAACCAGACCUGACCCCCCUUUUGUCUCUUUCGUUGCCGUAUCUUACCUUACUUUCUUCUUUCCUUUACAUAAAUACUGUGAAGCAUCGUGGCGUAAGAGUUAUUAUAGCAGGGAGCACUUUCCAGGCCGCAAACAGGAAGAAAAAAAAAAGUGAGAAAAAAAAAAAAGCAACUAUGUAUGGAUUCUAUAUAAACAUAUGAGUAUACUUGUUAAUACACGCAAAGGACAAGGGAAAAUACAUCAAAGUAGCUUAAGGAGAUACUAAGUCGUCACGGAAACUAAGUGUCGAGGAUCAGCUAUUGGUUCGUCGUAAUAGAGAUGUCCGAUAAUAUCGGAACUGCCGAUGUUAUCGGCCGAUAAAUGCUUUAGAACAGGGGUGUCAAACGUACGGCCCGAGGGCCGGAUCAGGCCCGCAAACUGGUUUUAACCGGCCCCGCGGGAUGAGUUUGGUAAGUAUAAAUAUGGGCCGAAAUUUUGGAAUGAAAUAAACUGCUGUUCUAAAUGUGUCCACUAGAUGUCGCAAUACAAAAAAUAAACCACAUGAUGUUAGUACAUCCGCCGAGGAAAAUUAACAAACUACAUAAAUAACAUCCUAUAAUUUGAUUUUGAUAUUAUUUUUUUUAUCUUGAUGGAUUGAAAAUGAACACCAAUGAGUUGACUAAUGAACAUGAUCUAAUAAUUUAUUCAGAAAGUAUAAAUAACGACAAACAAAGGUGGAAUACUAUUAACUACAACAUGUAGGUGUAAAUAAACCCAACAACGUUAUGAUUUGUACAUUUUCAGAAUGUGCUUGUUCUAUUUUUAAACAAAGAAAACAAUCUGAAGUUUUCUUUAUUUUGAAGUUAUUGUGCCGUGAUUUUACCAGUCUGGCCCACUUGGGCAUAGAUUUUCCUCCAUGUGGCCCCGAUCUAAAAUUAGUUUGAUACCCCUGAUCUAAACUUUACCGCUGCUUGUAUUUUUUUCCAUAUUUUAUUGUAAUAUUUUCAGAAUGUGUUUGUUCUAUUUUUGGCCAAAGUAACGGUCACACGGACGGUGGCCGUAUAAACAACUUCAACACUGUUACAAAUAUGCGCCGCACUGUGAAACCACACCGAACAAGAAUGAAAAACACACAUUCGCACCGUAACACAACAUAAACACAACAGAACAAAUACCCAGAACCCCUUGCAGCAUUCCGGGACGCUACAAUAUACACCCCCCCGCUACCCCCUACCCCUUAACCCCGCUCCCCUCCCAUUUGUCCGACCGGAACCCUCUAAUAACUAAAGUUCCUUGGGUGAAUAAUGUCAACUCACUACACCGGUAUGUUUUAGCGCGUCCAUGGCGAGUUUACAGACAGAUAUAAGUAAGAACUGUACACUACUUUAUAUUAGAAAUGGCAACAGCGGAGGAUGAAUGUCCCAUAACAAGAAGAUAAGAGAAAAAGACUACAAAGGCGGACGCGCGCAAAUUUCCAGGACUUAUGCAGAUCCCAAAUACAGAUCAGCAGAUACCAGAAGGCAAGAAAAGUUGCUUUUGCACGAUAUUAAGUUCAAGUUAAGUUGAAGUGCCAAUGAUUGUCUCACACACACACUAGGUGUGGUGAAAUGUGUCCUCUGCAUUUGGCUCACCCCCUGAGAGGUGAGGUGAGGGGAGCAGUGAGCAGCAGCAGUGGCCGCGCGCAGGGAACCAUUUUUGGUGAUUUAACCCCCAAUUCCAACCCUUGAUGCUGAGUGCCAAGCAGGAGGUAAUGGGUCCCAUUUUUAUAGUCUUUGGUAGGGAUGUCCAAUGAUAUCGGACUGCCGAUAUUAUCGGCCGAUGAAUGCUUUAAAAUGUAAUAUCGGAAAUGAUCGGUAUCGGUUUCAAAAAGUACAAUUCGUGACUUUUUAAAACGCCGCUGUGUACACGGACGUAGGGAGAAGUACAGAGCGCCAAUAAACCUUAAAGGCACUGCCUUUGCGUGCCGGCCCAGUCACAUAAUAUCUACCACUUUUCACAGGCAUACUUGGUCAACAGCCAUACAGGUCACACUGAGGGUUGCCGUAUAAACAACUUUAACACUGUUACAAAUAUGCGCCACACUGUGAACCCGCACCCAACAAGAAUGACAAACACAUUUCGGGAGAACAUCCGCACCGUAACAUUGAAUUUUUUAUUUUUCAAUCGAAUUAUAUUUAUAUAGCGCUUUUCUCUAGUGACUCAAAGCACUUUACAUUGUGAAACCCAAUAUCUAAGUUACAUUUUUAAACCAGUGUGGGUGGGCACAGGGAGCAGGUGGGUAAAGUGUCUUGCCCAAGGACACAACGGCAGUGACUAGGUUGGCAGAAGCAGGGAAUCGAACCGGGAACCCUCAAGUUGCUGGCACGGCCACUCUACCAACCGAGCUAUACCACUAUACAGCUAUAAAUAAAACAAAAUAAAACACAACAGAACAAAUACCCAGAACCCCUUGCAGCACUAACUCUUCCGGGACGCUACAAUAUACAACCAAACCCCGCCCACCUCAACCUCCUCAUGCUCUCUCAGGGAGAGCAUGUCCCAAAUUCCAAGCUGCUGUUUUGAGGCAUGUUAAAAAAAACAAAUAAUGCACUUUGUGACUUCAAUAAUAAAUAUGGCAGUGCCAUGUUGGCAUUUUUUCCCAUAACUUGAGUUGAUUUAUUUUGGAAAACCUUCUUACAUUGUUUCAUGCAUCCAGCGGGGCAUCACAACAAAAUUAGGCAUAAUAAUGUGUUAAUUCCACCACUGUAUAUAUCGGUAUCGGUAAUUAAGAGUUGGACAAUAUCGGAUAUCGGCAAAAAAAGCCAUUAUCGGACAUCUCUAGUUCGUAAGUAAUCUUUUACAGUAAACGUUGGAAAAAAAAGAAAUAAAAAAUCUACCUUUUGGCCUUUCGCCAAAACACUGGCUGCCAUCUUUGUUCAGGGUCAACAUUUGGGGAGAAAGAACUGUGGGAGUGGGAGUGGGAGUGGGACCUCUGAGCCAACGCCAAGAAGACUGUGUGGACAAUGACGCGCCACUACUGCCAAAGACACAAAGUAGUGGGCGAGACAACAUGGCCGGAAAAAAAAACAAUGAAUUUCCAUGCAUGCUAAUCAAAAUCAUCCCAAACUGCUUUUAAGGAAGCUGGGGUUUGAACGAGGAUCCCGUGUGAGGGCGGCGGGCGUGACAAAAUAGAACUUAACGUUACAGUACUGUGUCUUUUUACAUUUUGGACUUCUUGCUCUUUUCCUUUGUUUGGCGUGGACCAUUUUGGGGGCGGGGCUUCAUUAAUGCUUCAAGGGGGGCAAGCUUUGGA